GCCUCCGUUCGAAUCUCGCGAGAGCCGCGAGACCCGGCCCGGCCCUGACAGCGAGGGACGAUGGCAGCGGUGGGCGGGCGGUUCCUGGUGGCGGGCGCAGGGCGGGCGUGGGUCGGAGGGCUGCGCCAAGCUCCGGCCGCGUCUCUGGUGCCGUCCCGGAGCGCCACGGUCACCCGCAGCGGAGCCAUUUUGCCUAAGCCGGUUAAGACGCCCUUUGGCCUCCUGAGAGUGUUCAGCGUUGUGAUCCCGUUCCUGUAUGUCGGGACGCAGAUCAGUAAGAACUUCGCAGCCCUGCUGGAAGAGCACGACAUCUUUGUCCCGGAGGAUGACGACGACGAUGACUAAAGGAACUGUGAUUGGAAGAACAGAAGGGAGGAAAUCAUUGACAGACAUAGUGCCAGCAUCUGCCAUCUAUGUUUUGUCCUUCCUCAAGGGGACGGGGGGGGGGGCAUUACAUCCCCUUUGCCAGUGAAGGUCUUGCACUUCUAUGUAUAAGAAAAAUCUAUAGAUCAGGGUUGAAAUAAGUGCUUCAUAAGCUCUGCAUCCUUGCACAUACAAAUACACACUCCAACCUCAUAAAGAACUGCGUGAGAUUCCUUAUAUUAGCAAUAUGGGAAACAAUUAAAGAACAAGACAUUU